CAUCGUGCCCGUCGAGAUCGAAGGCACGGUGCACAGCGUAACGCCGUGCCCAUCUCGUCGUGGUUCAACGACCCGCACGACACGGAGCUGACGGACCUCUGUCCCUUCCUCGCGGACCUUUGCGAGGUGGACGACGUGCGUGCCGUGCUCGACGGAGCGCUGUAGUGGGGUGGAUGGCCCAGAACUGGACACGGCCCAGCUUGCUACGUGCACUCUCCUCUGCCCUAUACCCUCUGCCCACCACAAGCUCUCGUCUCCGGCUCCGCCUGCCCUGGCCCCGCUGCACGCCUCUGCAUCGUCGCUCUUCCCUUCUUCCGUUCGACAAUCUCCCAGCACGUUCCGAUCUCCUCCCUGCACUCGAGGCGGCAUACUCCGCACUGUGCCCGCCUCGUCUCGUCUCGCCGCCUUUGCCUCGAUCCCCGCGCCUCGCUGCCAUCUGUCUCUCUCCCUACGCACCUCCUUCCCUCUCUCUUGCGCCCUCAUCACUCGCACCGCGCGACCUGACGAUCCACCCAAUACCCGCACGACGCAGCCCCCAUCCCAUCUUGCCCGCUCGCUCCCUUUUCGUUGCACACCCACGCGGCUCUGGUUCAUCGGCGCGCGUCUCCUCCGGUAGGCACGUGCUGGCGCCUCUGCUGCCUUCCCUUCUUCCUCCAACACCCCCGUCCCGCUCUGCCGCUGUUCUGCGCUCGUCCUCUGCACCAUGCACGCCUGAAUCCUAAUCACAUUCAGCCUGGGUCGUUGAGCCGCGCGGGCGUGCGCGUGACUGCAGUGGUAGCGAGCGAGAGGGGCGCAGAGCAGGAACGCGCCUCUGCAGACCGGUCGCCUCCAACACGGCGCCGAUGUCUGCCUGUUUGUGGUGAGAAGAACGGCAGCGGUAGCUCCAUCACGCUGCCGACAUU